AUCUCACUACAUUGUAAGGAAAAAGUGGAGCUGGUGUUCUCAGGUUGCGGUUAUAAUAGUCUGUACUAGCAGCGCCGAACGGCGCCGAGCAGACAGAAAUUGUCAGUCUCCCAUAUUUGGUCAAAGCCACGCCCAUAGCGCGUCAUAUUCUGACAGCGCGGAUCCCGUGGGUUUAGAGUUUUGGCUCCCGGGAAAGGUUCCAUUCCUAGGGGAUAGAGGGCUGAGUUUUGUAUGCUUCCAUCCAUUCUGCAAGACGCUAAAGGCCCCUCAUCAACCUCUCCUGUGUCCGGGAACACCUCCAUGGUAAUCAUUUUUUCGUUUAUUUGUCUUUUGGAGCAGGAGCGCCGUGCCAGAAGUGGUCGAUUCAGCAGUGUCCUGAAGGUUUUUUGAUGCUGUUGCAGGAGGAUGACACCACACUGAGAACAUCACCAAAACACAAGUUACAAAAAUACUUCUUUUUUAAUAUUAUUAUUAAAAACAAAAAAACAAACAACUACAAAAAAGCGCAUCUCUAGUUGAGCGACUUCUCCAACGGAAGGAUAACGUUCCAACUAGCUGCUGAAGUACAGUAGCGCUCUCUGUGUAAAUUGUUUAUGUCGUGCCAACACAGGACGGACUGAAGAAGGAAACAAGACUUGUGAACUGGGUUUUCUCUCUACAGAUCACUCAAGAGCAAACUCAGACUUACCUUCCCGAUAACCGAGGAAAAAAAAUAUUUCACAGAUUUGGUCGGAGCUGGUUUUGCACAAAAACUGUUUUAAUGUUUGGGAUUCAGGAAAAUAUUCCGAGAGGAGGGACGACAAUGAAAGAGGAACCGCUGGGCAGUGGGAUGAAUCCGGUCCGAUCGUGGAUGCACACAGCUGGGGUAGUGGAUGCUAACACAGCCGCCCAGAGCGGUGUAGGUUUGGCUCGGGCACAUUAUGAAAAGCAACCGCCAUCCAACCUCAGAAAAUCCAAUUUUUUCCACUUCGUCCUGGCUCUGUAUGACAGACAGGGGCAACCCGUGGAGAUCGAAAGGACAGCUUAUGUGGACUUUGUGGAGAAGGAGAAAGAACCAAACAGUGAAAAAACUAACAAUGGGAUUCAUUACAAACUACAGUUAUUGUACAGCAAUGGUGUCAGAACAGAGCAGGAUCUUUACGUACGACUAAUCGAUUCCAUGACAAAACAGGCUAUUAUUUAUGAAGGCCAAGACAAAAACCCAGAGAUGUGCCGAGUCCUCCUCACACACGAAAUUAUGUGCAGUCGGUGCUGUGACAAAAAGAGCUGUGGCAACAGGAACGAGACUCCCUCGGACCCAGUGAUCAUUGACAGAUUCUUUUUGAAAUUCUUCCUCAAGUGCAAUCAGAACUGCUUGAAGAAUGCAGGCAACCCGCGGGACAUGCGCAGAUUCCAGGUUGUUGUAUCGACAACAGUCAAUGUGGACGGGCACGUCCUGGCUGUCUCGGACAACAUGUUCGUACACAACAACUCCAAGCAUGGCAGAAGGGCUCGCCGUCUAGACCCUUCAGAAGGUACGGCUCCUUAUCUGGAGAAUGCAGCUACCCCGUGCAUAAAAGCCAUCAGCCCCAGCGAAGGGUGGACCACGGGCGGAGCCACCGUCAUCAUCAUCGGCGACAACUUCUUUGAUGGCUUGCAAGUCGUGUUCGGGACGAUGCUUGUGUGGAGUGAGCUGAUAACACCCCACGCCAUCCGGGUACAGACCCCACCCAGACACAUUCCGGGCGUGGUGGAAGUCACCCUCUCCUACAAAUCCAAGCAGUUCUGCAAAGGGGCGCCUGGGCGGUUCGUGUAUACCGCUUUGAAUGAACCAACUAUUGACUACGGCUUCCAGAGGUUGCAGAAGGUCAUUCCGAGACAUCCAGGUGAUCCAGAAAGGUUACCUAAGGAGGUAUUACUGAAGAGAGCCGCUGACCUUGUGGAAGCACUGUACGGAAUGCCCCACAACAACCAGGAGAUUAUCCUGAAGAGGGCGGCCGACAUCGCGGAGGCCCUGUACAGCGUACCUCGCAAUCACAACCAGAUCCCGUCGCUCGCCAACACCGCGUCCCACGGAGGAAUGAUGGGAGUCAAUUCCUUCAGCAGCCAGCUGGCAGUCAACGUCUCAGAGACAUCUCAGGGUAAUGACCAGGUGGGAUACAGCCGUAACACCAGCAGCGUGUCUCCACGUGGGUAUGUUCCCAGCAGCACCCCGCAGCAGUCCAACUACAACACAGUAAGCAACAGCAUGAACGGGUACGGCAACGCGGGCAUGCCCAACUUGGGGGUGCCCAGUUCGCCGGGAUUCCUCAACGGGUCCUCCGCCAACUCCCCCUACGGCAGUAAGUAUCAAGUAGUGCCGUCGAGCCCUACCAUGGCAGCCUCUUCGGUCAGCCUCUCGUCAAACUGUAGCAGUACACACGGCAUUUUCUCAUUCUCACCUGCCAAUGUCAUCUCUGCAGUGAAACAAAAGAGCGCCUUUGCCCCCGUUGUCAGGCCCCAAGCCUCUCCACCUCCCUCUUGCACCAGUGCAAAUGGCAAUGGACUUCAAGCUAUGUCCGGGCUGGUCGUCCCUCCAAUGUAAACUGCACUUGCCCAUUCUCUUAAAGCCCCAAUCUUCACAAAACGGGCUUCACUGGACAUAUUUAGUACAUGCAGAAGAUUCUGGUUGAAUCAGUGUCACCAAUCACAAAUAGAAUCAACAACUAAUUCUGUUAUUCAGAAGAAGAAAAAAGAAAAAAAAAAACAAAAAAGAGAGACUUUGUUUCCAAGAUUUUAUUCAAAUGAAUAUGAAUUAACAUGCAAGCGACUUCUUCAUGAACAAUUCCAUUUUAUUGACUGAAUUUCUUGUCAUAUUUUCACAUUUCUCAGUCUUGAAGAAAAAAAGGAAGAAAAAAAACGGCUAUUUUGUAUAAACGUUUCUGGUUUCAUCUUGGCUAUGUCUAGUUCUUGUUCUGUAUCGGGAGAAACUCUGAUGAAAACACUGAUGAAAAACGCCUCUCUUAAAACGAUGCACAGUGUUUGUGUAUCUCUAUAAUGUGAAUUUAUUUCUUUUUCUUUCUCUUUUUUUAAUUUGUGGUAAGAAAAAAGGGGGCCAAGAAAGGGUGAGCCAUUAAACUGGAAAUAAUAUAAAAUAUAUGAUUUUAAAAAAAGACAAAAAAACAAACAUAAACAUG